CCCAACACUUCCUGUUUCGGAUUAGGAAACGAUUGCAAUGUAAAUAGAUACAGUAGUGGCUAACGUGAAAUCACUGUAUAUUCAAUCUGAUAUGCCGGAUGAAUUGCAGUGAUUUGCGUGAACUGCCAUACCGUUUAUGAGAGGGAGCACAAGGCCUGAACAUGCCUGUGUCCCUGCUGUGGGCAGUGGAUGUGUAUGGGCGCGUGUACAGCUUGUCCACCAGAGGGCAGGAGUGGGAGCAGUGUCGUGAUGCUGUGUUAGAGUUUAAGAGGGUGACGGCCGUGCAGCAGUGUUGCUGGGGUAUCGCCUGUGACCACCACAUCUACCUGAAUGUCCACUCUAGUGAUGUUCCCAUUCGCUACCAGGAGGAGGCAUUCGAGAACCAGCGAUGGAAUCCCAUGGAUAACUUCUCGGAUCGCUUGUUGCCGAGCGACCGCUGGCAGUGGAGUAACAUCACAGGACUGGAACACCAACCCCUCGACAGCUUCUUUCUUCCCUCGACCAACUGGGAGUGGGAGGGGGACUGGUACAUCCACGACAACUUUGGAGGAGAGCCCACAGAGAAAGAAGGUUGGACCUAUGCCAUGGACUUUCCUGCCACCUACACCAAAGACAAGAAGUGGAACUCAUGUGUCCGUCGCAGGCGAUGGAUCCGCUACAGGAGGUACAAGGCCACGGACACCUGGGCCAAGAUCCCGUCAGAGGGUCACAGUGGUCCCCUUCCAGACCCCUUUAAUGACAUCAGCUGUGGAGGCUGGGAGAUCAGUGAGGAGCCCAGGGGGAGGUUGUCUCUGUGGGCCGUCUCUCUACAGGGCAAGGUGUGGUUUCGUGAGGGUAUCCACCACCACCGCCCAGAGGGGGAUGGCUGGGAGGAGGUGUCUCUGCCUGGGGAGGUGGUGCAGAUCAGCUGUGGUCCAGGGGACCUUGUCUGGGCCGUGCUCUGGGAGGGACAACUCAUUGUCAGGGAGGGCAUCACCAGAGACUGCCCACAAGGCUCCUCCUGGGUAGUGGUGGACUCUCCCAACCCAGAGGCCGGGGCCAUCCACGUGGCUGUGGGGGACAACGUAGUUUGGGCUGUCACCAAGGAUAACAAGGUAUGGUUCAGACGUGGCGUCAACUCCUAUAACCCCCGUGGUUCAGGCUGGAUCGGGAUGAUCGGGGAGAUGGUCAUGAUCAACGUGGGUCUCAACGACCAGGUGUGGGGUAUCAGCUGUGAGGACCGAGCAGUGUAUUUCCGUCAGGGUGUGACCUCCAGUGAGUUGAGUGGUAAAGCCUGGAAGGCUGUCAACGUGCCCCGAGACGGAGACAUCAGGUCCCACUCCUCCGCCAGCAGUAGCAGUCUGCACAGUGCUGGUUGUUUCUUCAGUGGAGAGGUGCGAGCACAGUCUGUGAUGAGUGAAGACUCAGACACAGAGAACGGUCCACAGAGGGCAGUCCUAGAAGUAGGGGCCUGCCCCUCCUCCCCUCCCCCCGAUCCCCCUCCCGUUGACCCCGACAUCCCCAAACCACGCAUCCCCAAGGUCACCAGCGACAGCUUCAUCUCCGAGAUGCUCGCUGACCGCAAGGUCAAAUGGGAGGGGGCCACCACUGCCGUCACCGUCGGUCCCUCUAUCCCAGAAGAGGAGGCCUCUCUUCGGGAAGCAGGUGCCAAGUCUCCCCCUCCGGCCCUGGUUCUUUCCCCCAGCCUGUCAGGAGGGCCUGGGGACCCCCAAUGGAGUAACGUAGACCUAGAAGAGGCCCAGACUCACCUGGCUGUGGGGCCUGCUGGGGUGAGAGGGGACGCGGCUGACACCUGUAGCCUGUCUUCUGUGGCCACCUACACCCUGUGUCAGGAGGAGCCGUAUGGGGCGGAUGAACACCCGCUCUGGGCAUGGGUCAGUGGAGGAGGCUGUGGUGUGGACUGUCACUCCCAGCUCAACUGGUUCAACUCUGCMACAGCCCGGACAUCAUCAGUCCAAGUCCAUGAGUCUGUCCAUCAGUCCAGCCCAGACAGCUAUGCGUUCAUCAACGAGGUGACUAUCUUGGUGCCGGUGCUGAAUGACUCCAAACACACGUUUGCCAUCUACACAGCAGAGAGGACCAAACAGAGGUGGCCUAUCAGACUGGCUGCUGCCACCGAGCUGGAGAUGCACGACUGGCUGGCCCUACUGAGUGUGUCGUGCUGUGACUCCCGGGGGAUCCAGGGUCCCCCCUCUAAACAGGCCCUCUGGUCAGUCACCUGUAAAGGAGACAUCUUCGUCUGUGAGCCUUCACCUAGCCUGGAGGCCUGUCCCUACCCCACACCCUGCGACCAGAUGUUCUGGCAUCAGGUGGGGGGCCACCUGCGUCUGGUGGAGUGUAACAGUCUGGGGGUGGUGUGGGGGGUUGGCUACGACCACACUGUCUGGGUCUACACCGGCGGCUAUGGAGGGGUCUGGCCAGCAGCACAGAUAACAUCUACACCCAGACAGAUGUGAAGUGUGUCUACAUUUAUGAGAACCAGAGGUGGAACCCAGUCACAGGAUAUACCAACAGAGGCCUCCCAACAGACCGUUACAUGUGGAGUGAUGCAACAGGACUGCAGGAGUGUACCAAGGCCAACACCAAGCCUCCAUCCCCUCAUUGGACAUGGGUGGCAGACUGGGCCAUUGACUAUGGUAUCUCUGGAGGGACAGACAGAGAGGGUUGGCAAUAUGCAGCUGAUUUCCCAACGUCGUAUCAUGGCCACAAGACCUUGACGGACUUUGUCCGUCGUAGGCGAUGGGCCAGGAAUUGUAAACUGACGACCAUAGGGCCGUGGCAGGAAGUCCCACCCAUCCCGUUGAGUGACGUGACCAUCAUCCCGUGUGGAGCUCAGAGCAUUGUUGAGCCGAUCCCUCUGUGGGCCAUCAGUAACAAGGGAGACGUGCUCUGUAGACUGGGAGUCACCCUACUGACGCCUGCUGGGACGUCGUGGCUCCACGUGGGCACAGACCAGCCCUUUAAGUCUAUCUCCAUCGGUGGGGCCAACCAGGUGUGGGCCAUUGCCAGGGAUGGCUCUGCCUUCUACAGGGGCUCCGUGUCCGCACAGAGCCCUUCAGGAGACUGCUGGUACCACAUCCCCUCUCCAGCCAGACAGAAGCUCCAACAGGUGUCUGUAGGGAGGACAUCAGUCUACACAGUGGAUCAACAUGGUAACCUGUGGUUCAGACAGGGCCUGACUCCUAGCUACCCCCAGGGAUCGUCAUGGGAACACAUCUCCAACAAUGUACGCAAGGUCUCCGUAGGACCUCUGGACCAGGUGUGGAUCAUAGCUGACAAGGUGCAAGGCAGCCACAGUCUGAGCUGUGGGACAGUCUGCCACCGUUUGGGGGUUCAGCCCAUGGACCCAAAGGGACAGUCGUGGGACUACGGCAUCGGGGGUGGCUGGGACCACAUCACUGUGAGAGGGAACUCCUUCGAGGCUCCCCGUGUCCGUAUGCCCUCCCUGACACCCUCCCUUUCCGCCUCCGUAACAGGCCCCCUCCGCCCCCCUCCACCCCGCAGACCGCUCUCCUUCAGGAACACAGAGGAGAACGGGAACGCUGUCAGGUGUUAAACACACACACACAUAGAGUAUUUGCCAGUGGACACUGUAUCUCUGUUCUGUCUUCAGCCCAACUCUCGCUACAAAAACAACGCCCCAAUGCAACUACU